AUGAGCCAUAACCUGCUCGUGUCCCAAAACAGUGUCCAUCGCCCCUACAAAUCGAGCCAAGCACCCUUGAUUCCGCCCCAGGAGUCUCUCGCCUUGGACUUCAAGGAGGCCCUCGGUCUGCAGCCGUCCAGUCCUACCUUCUCGCCCGCCACCAAGCCCUCGGCCGCUUCUCUCAUCCCACCCACCGCAAAGCCCUCCCUCUCCUCUCUCGCUUCUCACCCUCCGGCGAGCAAGCCCUCCUACGCCUCUCUCAUCGUUCCGCCCGCGGCGCCAGCGGCACCCUCGUCGUCUUGGCCUGGGCCCUUAUCCGUCCCGCAACGGCCACAACCGGUUGACGACGAGCCCGGCCCUCCCCAGCGGACCCUCACCAUGGCCACCUCCAACAAGGCCCAGGCGCAAUGCCUCCAGCUCUGCAAGAACAUCGCCGCCGCCGGCGACCGCGUGGCUGAGCGCAUGGCCGAGUACUCGACCUUGGUCAAGCACCUGCCCAGCGGCUUCGACAACCUCGCCAAUGGGCUGCUCGACGCCUGCCAGAUCCUCUUCUACAUUGAGGCCGGUCUCGACGAGGCCGUCCGCAGCGCCCACCCGCUCCCUCUUGAGAUGGUCACCGUGCUCGAGAAGCGCUUCCGCGCCGCCCAGGCCGACUUCAGGGUCCUCGACCAAAUGGUCGGCAAGUACCUCGAGUACGAGCAGAAGGGCGCCAUGGGCCGGAUGCGCCGCGGCUUCGCAAAGGCCUUUGGCGACAACGGCAUCGAGAAGAUGACGCUCGCCCUGCAAAAGAGGCGCGAGGACCUCAAGAUGAGCGCCCUCAUGUUCCAGUGGAACCUCGGCACAGACAAGAUCGAGAGCGAACCCGGCAUCGGCUACAUUGGCCUGUCGGCCGCCCUCGACGAGACCACCGUCCGUCGCAGCCGCAACGAGUCCAUCGCCUCGGACGACAAGGCGUCCAUCCACCGCACCGCUCCGACCUCGCAGCACCGGAGCAUCGAGGACCACCGCCUCGGUGGCAGCCCCUACACACAUCCCUUGCCGCUCCUGCCCCCGCCCAAGGACAGCAGCAGCAGCAAGAUGACACCCUUCAGCCCCGAUUCGCUGAGCGGCGAGAGCAGCAGCUUUGCCGCCCACUCGUCCGAGUUUGGCCAGGCCAGCCCCUCGACUCGCUACACAAUCAGCUCCACGGCAAGCUCGUACGACGGCGCCCACAACAAAAAGUACGGCAUGCAGGACCGCCUCGACACCUUCGAGGAGGUCCCCGAGCCGAGCCGGGAGCUCGACGCCCUCAUCUCAGACGUCACUAGCAUGGACCUCGACAGCUCCAAGGUCGUCAACCUCAAGAGCGAGCCCUUCACCAUGCCUCGGCGCCGGCCCCGCAGUAACAUUGACGGCGACAAGGUCAACUCUAGACACGCGCUCGUCUCCGCUGCCCGGAGCAAGGACCACAAGCUCGUUCAGCAACUGCUUGACCGCGGUGUCUCGCCCAACACGGGCCCCGAUGCCCACGCCUUGAACGAGGCCAUCCUCGGCCAGGAUGCUGAGUGUCUGCGUCUCUUGCUCAUGUACGGUGCCGACCCCAACGGGACCGACAGAGACGGCGUCAGCCCUCUGGUCGCCGCCGCGGAAAAGAACUUCUUUUCCGCCGCCGCCGCUCUCCUCAAGUACGGCGCCGACCCCAACAUGUCCACCGGCCCUGAGCUGGAGACCCCCCUGGCCAUCGCUGCGGCCGCCAACAACGUCCGCUUCGUCCACUUGCUGCUCAUGUAUGGCGGCAACGCCAACCAGACGACCGGCGAAGGCAACACGCUGCUCAUCAGCUCCAUCAACAAGAAGACGCCCAAGAAGCUCAUCGAGAUGCUGCUGGGCUACGGGGCCGACCCCAACGACAAGAAUCGUGAGGGUAAGACGGCGCUGUUCGACGCGAUCCAGAGCGCCAGAGCCGACAUUGUCACCGCCCUGCUCGAGAACGGGGCCAACCCCAACCUGCCGGGCCCGAAGCACAUGCUGUGGCCUGCGGCGCACCACCCGGAGUGCUUGCAAGUGCUCCUCAACCAUGGAGCCGAUCACAAGAAGUGCCCAGGUGUCCUGGAGCUUUCCACCAGUAUCAACAGCAUGGAGGCCAUCAACAUCCUCCUCGAUGCCGGCGUGGACCCCAACGCUAAGAAGGACGGCGUCUACACGCCACUGUGUACCUCGAUCCGAGACAACCGCAGCGACAUCUUCCAGCUCUUGCUGACCAGUGGCGCCGACCCCAACGUGCCGGCGAGCGAGUAUCCGGCCUUCAAAUGCGUGACACACCAUCGGGAGCACUUCCUGCCGGCGCUCGUGGCCGCCGGCUCCAAGUUGAACAGCCCCAAGGGCAUUCUGGAGACGGCCGUCACGUCCAACAAUGCCGAGGCCCUGCGGUGGCUGCUCGACCAAGGCCUCGACCCCGACGAAAAGAACGCCAAAGGCCACACGCCGCUGACGAGCGCCAUCCGCGAAAACCGCACGGGCUUCAUCGACACGCUGCUGGCGCGCGGUGCCAACCCCAACAUCCGAGGCCAGGACUGGCCGGUUUGCAUGGCCGUCAAGAACCCAGACGUCCUCAAGCGCAUCCUGGGCGUGCUGCCGGAGCCCCGCGCGUUCAAGGGUGUCGUCGAAAUGGCCGUCGUGGCCAACCAGCUCGAGUCGGUCAAGCUGCUGCUGGCGGCCGGCGUCUCGGUUGAGGACCGCAACGGCGGCGUCUUCUCGCCUCUGACGACGGCCCUUCGAGAGCACCGCCGCGACAUUGUCACCUUCCUGAUCAACGAGGGCGGCGCCGACGUCAACGCGCCCGGCGAGCACUUGCCCAUCGUCAAGGCCCUCCGGAGAUGCGCCGACGAGCACCAGGACGUCAUCGACGAGUUGCUCGACAAGGGCGCCGACCCCAACAAGGUCUACCGCGGCUGGAACGGCAUCAUGCAGGCGCUCGAGAACGGCGACGCGGGCAUGCUCAAAAAGCUGUGCGAAAAGUCGGGCGUCAAUCUCGAUGUCAAGGACGAGCUCGGCCGGACCGUGACCGAGAUUGCCGUGUCGCGGCGAUGGGAGGAGGCCGUUGGCAUUAUGCUGGCAAAUGCCUUGUGA